AUGGAAAUUCCCACUGAAGAUCGAUCUACCAUGUUGCCUAUCGAACCCGAUAGCAACACGGGCGAAGAACAGUCGAGAUACGACCUGGACUCGGAUACUGAAUCCCUCGACUCACUGACGUCGAGUGUCCUGGCCUAUGAAUACAAGAAUGGCCGCCGCUACGCUACAUAUGGAUCGAAUCAAUUUUGGCUGCCAAAUGAUGAACACAUUUAUGGAAUGCUGUUCGGCGGAAAAUUGAUCUUCGCCCCAAUCAAGAACCCAAGGCGAAUUUUGGACGUUGGUACAGGGACUGGCACCUGGGCAGUGGACGUUGCAAUGGCAUAUCCGAACUCGCGCGUUACCGGAACUGAUAUCUCGCCUAAUCAGCCAUCAUGGGUUCCAUCAAACCUCACGUUCGAGAUCGACGAUGCAGAGCUCGACUGGAACUUUAGCCACUUAUUCGAUCUAAUUCACAUUCAGAACUUGAACGGGGCAAUUCGCGACUGGCCGCGCCUGUUCCGCCAAGCAUACGAGUAUAAAUCCGAUACUGACUCAUUCUGGAUCAAAUCCUGGCUAACAUACUCAACCAGUAACUUGAAGCCAGGAGGCUACUUCGAGGUUAAAGAAGGAGACAUUUCCGCAAAAUGCGAUGACGGAAGUAUUCCAAAGGAGUGGAGUCUCGGAAUUGCGGAGAAAGAAUCUCUCCGAGCCUGUGACUCGCUCGGUCAGACCUUGAGAGCGCCAGAGUACAUCAAACAAUGGAUGGAAGAGGCCGGGUUCGUGGAUGUGGAGGAGCGCAUAUUUCGACUUCCCAUGAACACGUGGCCCAAGGAUCCGGAGCUCAAAGAGAUCGGCAGGUAUCAAUGCGCUCAGCACUUGGAAGCCGUGUCGCCAUUUGCUCUUGGCCUACUGGUUGAAGUGCUUGGGUGGUCGAGGGAGGAGACCGAGCUCUUUCUCGUUGGCGUUCGAGACAACAUUAAAGACCGGAGUAUUCAUGCAUAUUUCUCCAUACGAGUUGUAACCGGUCAUCGACCGUGA